AUGGCAUUAAUUUUGCCCCUGGGGUCACGAGCAUCUCGGUGCGACCUUACAAAGGUUGUGAUGGAGAAGAUGGUAUCAGAAAUGUUAGAAGCGGGAAUCAUUCGAGAAAGUUCAAGCCCGUUUUCUAGUCCAGUGUUGUUAGUGCCAAAGAAAGACAACGCUUGGCGUUUCUGUAUCGAUUAUCGUGCGUUGAACAGAGCAACUAUCCCAGAUAAAUUUCCGAUUCCGGUUAUUGACCAACUACUGGAUGAGCUCCAUGGUGCCACGAUCUUCUCCAAAUUAGACCUGCGAUCCGGUUAUCAUCAGAUCAGAAUGAAAGAUGAGGAUAUUCACAAAACCGCGUUUUGCACCUUGGAGGGUCAUUACGAGUUCUUAGUUGUGCCCUUUGGACUAACGAACGCCCCAUCAACCUUCCAAGGAUUGAUGAACAAAAUCUUCAAACCAUUUCUACGAGAGUUUGUCUUGGUGUUCUUUGAUGAUGUAUUGAUCUACAGCUCGAGUGUGGAUGAGCAUGUUGAACAUUUGAGGAAAGUAAUGACAGUUUUUCAGGAGCAGACUCUGUUGGCCAAUAAGAAGAAAUGUGUUUUUGGGUUGCCACAAGUGGAGUAUUUGGGACAUAUUAUAUCAGCUAAAGGAGUAGCUACAGAUGCAGCUAAGACGUCUGCAAUGAAAAGUUGGCCAACACCGCAGUGUGUCAAAGAAUUGAGAGGGUUCCUCGGACUUACUGGGUAUUACAGAAAGUUUGUACGUGGGUAUGGAAUUAUCGCGAGGCCACUUACAGAUCUCCUAAAGAAAGAUAAGUUUGCGUUGUCAGAGGAGGCACAAGAGGCAUUUACAAAACUAAAAGAAGCAAUGGCGUCGGCACCAGUCUUGGCCAUGCCUGAUUUUGAUAAGGUGUUUGUGUUGGAAACAGAUGCCUCAGGGUUUGGAGUUGGUGCAGUUUUGAUCUAG